AAAAAAACUUGAACAUUCCUUAUGAAACUUCCCAGAACCAUGACUGAUCACGAAUCGGGUUGGUUGUUCUUUGGACUAUUUAACCACCGAUUUCUCGCAAACCCAUCUAUCCCUCUCGAGAAAAGCUGCAAAUCUUUCCUUCCCCGUGAAGUUUUCGAUCGUUGCAGACCAGAAGCUAUCAAAAUUUCCCGAUUUCCGGUCCGAGCGAAUUCGUCUCUGUUUCGUUUUGAUCCAUCAUCUUCUUCUUCAAUAGCAUUUCUCGUGCAGUGUUCGUGCCUCGAAUCCAUUGGAUUGGAGUGAUCGAUGAUGCAAACAAGAUCCAUAACCCUACCUCCGGCGUUUUCCAUAUUCCCGACCUUGAACCCACCUCACAAAACCUUCACUUUCCAUCAAAUCUGCGUUCUAAUCAUCACUUUCUUAGCAUAUGCCUCGUUUCACGCCUCCCGCAAACCACCCAGCAUCGUCAAGAGCGUGCUCGGACCAUCGGUCAGAUCCAACUCGUCCUCUCCGGACAGCGAGGGAUGGGCUCCGUUCAACGGAAGCGAGGGGACUCGGCGACUCGGCGAACUCGAUCUAGCUUUCCUUUCGUCUUAUGCACUGGGAAUGUACUUUGCAGGACACGUCGGCGAUAGGAUCGAUUUGAGGAUCUUUCUCGUGUUCGGAAUGAUGGGUAGUGGAAUUUUCACUCUGGUUUUCGGAUUAGGGUUUUGGUUCGAUGUGCAUUUGCUCGGAUACUAUCUUAUUGUUCAGAUUGUGUGUGGACUGUUCCAAUCCAUUGGCUGGCCUUGUGUUGUUGCUGUGGUCGGGAACUGGUGCGGUAAAGAGAAGCGUGGCCUGGUAAUGGGCGUGUGGAAUUCGCAUACCUCGGUAGGUAAUAUCGUCGGCUCGGUUAUAGCCUCGUCGGUUUUAGGGUUCGGUUGGGGAUGGUCAUUCGUAUUGCCCGGUUUUCUAGUGAUUGCAUCUGGUUUUCUCGUGUUUUCAUGCCUCGUCGUUAGCCCUCGGGAUUUAGGGUUUGAGGAACCGGGUAAGGAGAUCGAGUUGAGUGUGGAGGAGAACGGAGAGGGAGUUUCGAGAAAAUCAGAGGCGGAGGAUACGAAUCUUCUCGAAACGCCUGAAGAUUCGGACUCGUCUCUCGUAGCUAUCGGGUUUUUGGAGGCGUGGAGAUUGCCCGGAGUUGCGCCUUUCGCGUUCUGCCUGUUUUUCUCGAAACUCGUCGCUUACACAUUCCUCUACUGGUUGCCAUACUACUUAAGGCAUACAGCUGUUGCAGGUGUUCAUUUGUCGCACAAGACAGCCGGGAUUCUCUCCACAAUAUUCGACAUCGGAGGAGUGUUCGGGGGAAUAUCCGCCGGAUUUAUCUCCGACAAGAUCCAAGCCCGGGCACUCACCUCGAUCACAUUCUUGUCACUCUCGAUCCCAGCCCUCGUUUUAUACCGAAUCUAUGGGAGUGUCUCCAUGUUCACAAACAUCGCCUUGAUGUUCAUUUCGGGAUUGCUAGUAAACGGGCCAUAUGCCCUAAUAACCACGGCCGUUGCAGCCGAUCUCGGGACACAGGACUCGAUCAAAGGGAGCAACCGAGCGUUGGCCACGGUGACAGCGAUCAUAGACGGCACCGGCUCUAUAGGAGCGGCUCUCGGACCGCUUCUAGCCGGUUAUAUCUCUAGCCGAGGAUGGAACAGCGUUUUCUUCAUGCUCAUUGUUUCGGUUUUCUUUGCGGCUUUGUUCUUGGUUAGGCUUGCAAAGGCUGAGAUCAAAGAGAGGACUAGUUCCAGAUAAACUGUUAUAUUGUACACAAGAGAACUGAAAACCGAUGUAAAAACAUUGCAGUUUUGGUGAGAACACAGGAUUUGUAUUGUUUUCUCGAGCUUUA